UGAUUGGAAAUCCAUCGGGCAUCCACAUACAUGCAACAUUUGUUUCGAAGAUGGCAGGCGAGACCUUACAGAAGUAUGCUGAAGGCGAAGGAGAAUGCUGCAUAGGCCCUCCGAUUGAGGAAAAUGCAGGAACAGUGCUUGUGAUUUCUUUCGUUUCUGUUGUCAUUAUAAUAUCAGCUAUUGCCGCAUUUCUAUUUGCUCGAAACUGUUGGAUUCUUCGGAAUGGUGGCCGUCGAAAACCUCCUCGUAUGGACAGGGAGGAAGUAGAAAUACUUACAUGUUUCAUAUUUAAAAGGGCUUAUUUGACCACCAAACAUAUUACUGAAACUUGCGCUAUCUGUCUUGAAGAUUAUCAGGAUGGAGAGAGACUCCGCCUUCUUCCCUGUCUACAUGGUAUGCACUCAUUCCGCUCAAGUCCGUUUCAUGAUAUUCUUCGUCAUUGUUAUGAAUAAAUAUGUUUUGAAUGCUA